GUUGCCCGCCACGUCCCCACAAAAACACCCGAACAAGAACAACCUUAGGGUCCACAAUAAUCUCCCCAAUCUCUCUCUCUCUCUCUCUUUCUGUCUGUCUGAAAGUUCCAUGAAGCAUCGCGAGCCAUGAGCGCUCUCACCAAGCUGGGCACCGCCCUCACGGUGGUCUUCGUCGUCUCCGUCGUGGCCCUGGCCGCUCAGGUCCUCUGGGUCCUGUUGCGCAGCCGAAAGUUCCGGCAGCGGAGCCUCGCGGGCAGCUGCGGCGGCGGCGGGGGCGGGAGAGUGGACCACGAAUCCGCCGGCGGGGGGGCCGUCCCCGCGCCGCCGUCGAAGGAGCUGCUCUACUUCUUCUGCUGGAAGAACCAGUCGAGGGUCGAGCCCGCUGGGGCUCCUGGAACACGGACGGAGAUCCGCGACCCGGACGAUGACGACGUCGACGAGCUAAUCAAGUGGCAGGGGCUGUACGGACCUCCCAGGCUGCUGUUCACCAUCAAGGAAGAAGAGAGAGAGGACGCCUUGGAUUCCGAUUGCGGUAGCAACGUCAAGAGCAAGAUCGGCUCGUCCUCUUGGGAGAAGAGCGAUGACAAGAAGAGGGUGUGCCUGAGGGAGUGCCUCGGGGAGGCCGACGACGAGGCUCCGCCGGAGGAAGAAGCAGCGGCGGCGGCGACGGUCGUCCUGGAGGUGGAGGAGGAGGUGACGCCGUUCUCGACGCCGUGCGCGUCGCCGCCGUACUUCACUCCUUCGCCCUCGCCUGCUCGGGCUGGUGGUCAGGCAGAGGCGCCGACGACAGUUGUGAUCGUUAUGGAUGGUGAAAGCUAGCACCGGGCGUUUGGUCAUGCAAAAACGGCCGGUUCCGUUUGUUUUAGGUGAGAAGGCGCCCGGCGGGUGAGCGUCGACACUGGUCGCCGGAGGGAAGAUGAGGUCAUCGCCGUUCGAAGUGUGUUGUACAAUUCGCAAUGUAUGGAUGGAUGGUAGUGUAGAAUAAAAUACGAGUUUGUGGUGAUCGCUCAUUUGACUUAUGUUGACCAACAAGUCUUCUUGAC